CGACAACAAAGAAUGGCUAGGUCCAUCACUCCAUCCAGUCAGUCCAACGGGCAACGGUCACUCCAUCUUCAUCAAAUGCGCUGCCUCUCUAUCCAACUCUUUCCUUACCUGCUCUAGAGUCAGCUAUAAAAUCAAGCGGUCUCCCCUUUUUCCACCCUUUUCCUCUCCCUGACAUCGCUCUGUUAUCUCCGUUAAUGGUGAUCUGAGGCGAAGCUCGCAUGUGUACCCCAAUCUCGGGCAUUUUUUUUGCCCUUGCACGUUUGCUUCCCGCGCAUCCUGAAUAAACACCCAUUGUUUGAACUUAUUACAAUACGUAUAUACGAACGCGGAUACACGUUGUUGCAGAAUGCCGACGUUAGAUUCGUUUGACAAGUUUUUGUUUUCUGCUAGCAGGGCGUGCUGCAGCCCUCUCGCUUUGUUCAUCCAGAUCCAGGGAUACAUGAUCUGCUUACUCCUUGCUCUUGGAUGGACUUUAGCUGCUUAUGUAAGGAGAAGGGAGACUAGAAUGAUCAAGGAUAGAAUGAAACAUGGGAAUAGCUUUGCCUUUCUCUGUAAGGACAUCAAUGAGCUUGAACAUUCUAAUCAGAUCAAUUUACCCAGAGUUUCAGUUGUUAUGCCUUUAAAAGGUUUUGGAGAGCACAAUCUACAGAAUUGGAGAAGUCAGAUUACAUCACUUUAUGGAGGCCCAUUGGAGUUUCUUUUUGUUGUUGAGAGUGUUAAAGACCCUGCUUACAGUGCCGUGCAGAAAUUACUUGCAGAUUUUGAGGAUGAGGUUGACACAAAGAUAAUUGUAGCCGGUCUCUCAACAACUUGUAGCCAAAAGAUUCACAACCAAUUGGUAGGAGUGGAGAAAAUGCAUAAGGACACAAAGUAUGUACUGUUCCUUGAUGAUGAUGCAAGGUUGCAUCCUGGUUCAAUUGGUGCCCUUACUGUUGAGAUGGAAAAUAAUCCGGAGAUUUUUAUUCAAACCGGAUAUCCUCUUGAUUUACCUUCCGGAAGUCUUGGGAGUUACUGCAUCUAUGAGUACCACAUGCCAUGUUCAAUGGGAUUUGCUACUGGUGGGAAAACAUUCUUCUUGUGGGGAGGAUGCAUGAUGAUGCGUGCAGAUGAUUUUAGAACAAAUCGACAUGGUGUUGUUUCACAGCUUCGAGAUGGUGGAUACUCUGAUGAUAUGACCCUUGCAGCUAUAGCUGGUGCGAAUCAGAGGCUCAUCACUUCACCACCGGUUGCGGUCUUUCCUCAUCCACUUGCAACUGAUCUAACCUUCCCAAGGUACUGGAAUUAUUUAAGGAAGCAAACGUUUGUGUUGGAGUCAUACACGACAAAAGUUAAUUGGCUUAUGAACCGUGCAUUAUUUUUUACCCACUGCUAUCUCUCGUGGGGAUUUGUAGCUCCAUAUUUCAUGGCUGGCUUUCAUGUUGCAGCAACACUCAGGCAGUCCUUUAAAAGUUAUUCCUCUGCAGAAUCAGUCUCCAUAUGUAACGGUUUGCCACUUGCUGUUUGCCUUGCGAUAUGCACAAUAAUUGAACUUCUUUCUAUGGGGAACUUGACAAGAAUAGAGGUUAAAUUGUGCAACUUGCUUUCUCCCGAGGCACCUCAGUUGUCACUCUAUUCUUACAACUGGUGUCUUGUAUUUAUGGCAAUGCUCGUGGACAAUUUCUUGUACCCCAUCUCUGCAUUCCGUUCAUAUUUUUCUCAGUCCAUCAAUUGGUCUGGCAUUCGAUAUCAUUUGAGGAAUGGGAAGAUAAGUAAGAUUGAGAGGCACAGGGAUAUUGUUCCCAAAUAUACAGACUUGGGAGGAAAGAAGCUAAGAUGGAAGGGAGGCCCACAUAAGGUUUCCAUUAUUAGUUCUCUGUGCAGAAGUCUGGCCUUUUGGAGUCAGCCCAAGAAAUAUGAUGUGUAGAUAUUUUGGAAGAAACAUUUGUUCAUUAUAUAUUUUUUAUUAUUAUUUUAAUUAUUAUUCAUUUGCUCCUCGGUCCCUCUUUGAUUUCCGACACAGUCAAGGAGAAAAAAAUCUUCGGGGGUUGUGACUGCUCACUCUCACACCCUUGGCCUUCACUCAUUACCGACUGAGUGAUUUGGGAGUCAUUUCAUUGUAUUUGUUCAAUAUAUGAGCCUCCAUUGUUUUGGCCUGCUUCUUGUAAUUUCAUUUGUUGUUUUGGUCCAACGAUAGGCAUAUUGUUAUUGUGUCACCUGAGAGAGAUUAAUUAAAUUACCUGUGUUAUCCAUUUGGGGCCAGGAAUUUAUUUUGUAUUUUAGUGGUUGCUUAAUCUCCCAACAAAGAAUUCAGC